AUGUCAAGACUAUCUACUGAGCUCUUUGAGAAUGAAAUGAAGCAUUUUAUUUCAAGAAAACUUCUACUUGACACGUACUCAUACCAACAACCAGCGGCUGCUGUGACAGCUCCAUCAUCGUCAAGCCCACAUACAGAACAUAACAACUUUGAUGCGAAUGUGGUGAUGGUGCUGUCAGUGCUGCUAUGCGCUCUGAUUUGUUCACUAGCGUUGAACUCCAUCAUCAGGUGCGUAUUAAGAUGCACGGGAUUAUCUAGUUCAGAAAGCAGCGGUAGCGUGGAAAUUACUUUAGUUAAAGCCAACACUGGAAUCACGAAGAAAGCAUUAAAGAGUUUCCCAACAGUCAGCUAUUGGGAAGGACUGAAGCUACCAGGAUUAGACAAGGAAUGUGUGAUAUGCUUGGGUGAUUUUUCAACAGGAGAGCUAGUAAAAAUCCUGCCCAAGUGCAACCAUGGAUUUCAUGUGCGUUGCAUCGAUAAAUGGCUGAGUUCACAUUCAUCUUGUCCAACUUGCAGGAACUCCUUACUCGAAACAUGUCAAAAGAUCGUCACAGGUGGGAAUUAUAGCGACAUUGCCUCUUCGCAACCCCUAGAGCAAGGUCCAAGAAAUACUACUAUUCUAACCAUAUUGCCUGUACCACAUGAAGGUCUUGUACGAAAUUAUGAGACGUAA